AUGGCCAGAGACACAGUCCUCACAGGAUACUACCGAUAUACAGACAUCUGGUUCGAGUGGGCACAAGCUUUACCAGACGUCGAAGACCGAGAGCCACUGAAAGCGAUACUCGCCCAUGAUGCUUUGGUGGAUCCUGAGCAUCCGCUUCACAUUGAUGGUGUCAAUGGCGUCCAGCUGUACAUCGGAACGUUCUCUUCUGGAGAAGCCAGGCUUUUGUUUUCCUCGGCACAAGUAGACUACGUACGAUACUGGUUGCAUGCCAUGGGACUUACCAAGCAUACUAUUUCCCUGCCAUACUCCGACUGUCUUUUGACCGAGUCUAGUCUACACACUGUUUCUCCGGUCGUUUACUCAGAUGGUUCUGCUGUGCGGGCGGCGAUCAAGACUAUUGACAAAAAUAACAAACGCUUAAAGGGAUCAAAUCCGAAGCUUACUCACCGUCGACAUGUUUUCGAACGUGUGCGUAGUCUUUGGGCAGAAAAGAAGGGCGUUUGGUGUGCCAUUGACUUUGAGGCAUGGGAACGUGACCACACAGUCCUCACAGAAGUUGGCUGGAGCUUCUCGGGUUGGAAGGAUGGCAUACAAGUUGAAGGACGUGAGCAUUUGAUCGUUGAAGAGGCAAAAAAAUUCACAAACUCGCAAUAUGUUCCUGACCACCGCUACGACUAUCAAUUCGGCUCAAGUACAAAUGUCAAAAAAGUAGAGUUCAAGAAACAAAUCGGCGACCUUCUGUCUUCUUUAACGCAAUAUGGACCAGUCUUCCUCGUCUUCCACGACGACAAACAGGAUAUUAAAUAUUUGCAGUCAGCAAGCGUUAAUGCCCCACUGGUGGGGUUGUCGUACACCUUACCUGAUGGCAUGCCCGACGGCGGCUUGUUUGUGAUCGACACCGCAGAUUUGAUAGGUGCCCUUCUCGGAGAUGCGUCAGGCAACACGAGGGGACUGGAGAAAAUGUGCAACCUGCUUCAGAUUAAAACAAGCUAUCUUCACAAUGCUGGAAAUGAUGCUCAAUUCACGAUGAUGGCACUGAAAGAUAUGGCUAAUGGUGACCCCAUCGAUAUACAACGAGAAAAACGUUGGCCAAAUCAGACUAGCAGUGGAGUGACAGUUGAACUCCAGCCAUGGCAAGAAGACAGUGACUACUCUGAUGAAGAAGGUGUGGUUCCCCCGAUAGCUGGGUAUGACCUCGAGACAGGUGAACUUAAUAACUAA